AAAGAUGAAUAAUGAUGAUAAAAAUAAAAUAAAAAAUGGCAAUAAUCAUCUAUCCAAAAUGGAUUCAAAAUUUUCCUUUCAAGAUAAUGAUAGUCAAGAUACAAAAUCGGAUGUUACACAAAUGUCAGACAAAAAAGUUGACACAAAUUCACAAACGUCAAAAAAUACUCCAUCCUCAUCGUCAUCUUCAUCAUCAGUUGCAAAAGCAUCUAAAUUUUCAGGAAAUCGUCGUGUAUCAGAAGCAGAAAUGCAAAAACGUCACAAAUGGUUACAAAAAACUCGUAUAAAUAGUAACAAUGAAGAAAAUCGAGCUAAAAUUUCUUAUCAGGUUCGUUUCCCAGAUAACUUUAACGGACUUCAUUGUGUCAAAUAUUCCCCAGAUGGAGGAAUGAUUGUUAGUAGUUUUGGAACUGGAACUAUUCAGAUAAGAAACGGAGAAACAGGAAAAUUGAGGGCAACAUUAAGAAAUGGUUUGGACACAAUGCCUCCAGUAAUGUGUUGUUGUUUCAAUCCUCUCCAUCAAAACAUACUCUAUGCUUCAAGUGCUUGUGGAAAUAUCUUUUUGUGUACGAUUAAUACAAAUCAAUUAUCACGAUUUAUAGAAGAACCAAAAAAUGAAAUAAAUACUAUUGACGUAAGUGCUAAUGGAAGAUAUAUUGUUUCGGGUGGUAAAGAUGCUGCUCUAAGAUUGUACGAUGCUGAAUCAGCUAAGUUAAUUACUAUUUAUAAAGAAAAUGAAGUAGACCUCACUGAUAAUCGAGUUGGAAACUAUCAUCGAAUGCGAAUAUUUACUGCCAAAUUUCAUCAUUCUUAUGUCGAUUUAAUAGUUACUGGUGGAUGGGAUGAUACAGUUCGAAUAUGGGACACACGAAUAAAUACAGGAUCUAUCAAAGUAAUAAAAGGACCACACAUAUGUGGAGAUGCUGUAGAUAUGAAAGAUUCUCACAUUAUUACAGGAUCGUGGGUGGUAAGAGGAAGUCUUCAACUAUGGGAUAUAACAACAUGUAAAUUAAUAGAAACCAUAAUGCCAGUAAAUCGGCCAACAAGUUUAGAUGGAGAAUUUUUAUAUGCUUUACAAUAUUUCAAUGGUGAUCCUGAAGGAGGUCAUGUUGUUGCUGGUGGAUCUGGUACUGGAGCACUUGAAAUAAUUAAUAUUAAAGAAAAAAAGGUUGUUGGAAAAUUUGAGGUCACCAAAGCAAUCACGACCUUAGAUAGUUUCAAAACAUCUAUCGUUUUUGGAGGAAUGGAAUCAGUAAUCCGUAUAGCAGAUUAUAGUUGAUGAAAG